UCCCGUCUGAGCGACACGCCUCACAACACUCCAAAAAUGGUGCUAAAUAAGAGGAUGGAGAGAAGGCGUGGCGGUGCUGUGGUGGUGGUGGCACGGGGCGACGGUUGGGGCAGGCAUGGGAGGGCCGACAAAUGGGGGUGGGGGCGACGAGAGGGAGGGGGAACGAGAGGGCAGGAUCAGGUCAUGUUCAGUGCCGUGAGAGGUGUCGAGGCGGCCGGACCAGUGGCAGCCUCACCACCACCACACCCAGAGCCAUCAACACCAUCAAAACCACCAUCACCAUCACCGAGGCUACACCGUUACAGCUUGGAGCCACACUCGUAUACACACACCACCACUACCAUCACCACCACCACCACUACGGUCGCACUCAUCAUUGCUCUACCAGUCAGUGAGGAACCUAUAGUCGAAGUUUGGUCUCCUGUCCCGCCUCGACCAAGGGCCGCAAGAUGAGGUGGCGCCCGGUGUGGAUAACGCUGGUGGCACUUCUCACGCUGGUCAGCGUCACGAUGGCCUCCCAGACCAUAGGCACGGGGAAGCGCGGCCAACUAUCGGGCCGCUACAAGGGGAGGAAAAAUUUCAAGCCCAUCACCGGCACGUACCCUUCCGUGGAGGCAAAGGACUACUACACCAACCCCAAGGGCGCCAAGAUCACCAAGUCUUCCCACUUCAACUACCAAUAUGUGUUGGGCCACAAGAUUGUGUUUCUGUGUGUGGCAAAGGGCAUUCCACUGCCCCAAAUAACAUGGUUCAAGGAUGGAGUGGAACUCUAUGCCCAUAGGUACAUGCAGUUGCAUGAAUGGAAAUUUGGAAACAACUUGAAGAGCAAGAUGGAGAUUGAUCCAGCCACCCAAGCUGAUGCCGGUAUAUACGAAUGCCAUGCGAACAAUAAAUAUGCAGUGGACACAAAAGCCUUCCGCACGACCUACGUAGCAGAGUUCAACAAAUAAAACUACUGGAAAUUCCAUCCAAGUAGCCAAGUAUGAAUGGUUGAACAUUUGCUUUUCGAGCAACUGCUCUCUAAACCUUUUCCUUUAGAGUUAUGGGUAGUCAACAUUUACUCUGUAGCAAAUACUCAUUGUAAACUAUUCCAUUACUGCACCAUAAUAACUAUAUCUUUCAGCACAGGGAAAGUUCAACUCAUGCUCAAGAAGUAUGUUGUACUGAUCCAAAGAUUACAUUACUGUGGGCUCUAUCUCAACACUGUUUUAUAUAAAACUGAGAAAGGUUAAGAGAAAUUUCAAAGCUGUGUGCCAUCACUUCAAAUCAAGGGCAAUUUCUUUAGUCAGUAGAUGCAAAGGUUACAAAAUGCGUAGUAUCCUAGGCAGUGCCACUGUGGGCUGGAAUAUGGUAGUGUUUACAGGAGAACCCCGCCAAUGUGACUUCCAAAACAAUGUUUUCAACAAUAACUGCAAGUUAGAAUAGAUACUAAGCUUCUGCACAAACAUUUAAAUUCUUUUGAAUAACAUACAUAUUUUGCUGGAAGGAAGCAUCAGACUGCAUCUUGUAUAACAUAUGAUUGCUAUCAUCUUGAUGGUGGGAGAUGUUGUAAGAUUUACAACUGUAAUGGCCCAGGAGGCAGAUUAGGACUAUGAAGGCCCUAAGCCCUGGGGUACCCUUUAGCUCAAUGUUAGUGUCCACCCACCCUACAUCUUGAGGGCCAGGGUUUGAAUCUCAGGUGGGUUGUUGAGAAAAAGAUGUAUUCCCGAGUAAAUAAGUUUCUCAUGUGCUUUAAGAAGUGGCAGUUCCUCCCAUGACAAUGGUGGCAUAGCAGUGGCAUUCAUUCUUGUGAUGUGUUUCUCCCCAUUAAAGGGGCAAGAAAUUAGAUGCCUUGCAUCUCUUUUAAGGGGGAUUUCAGGUCUCUCUACCAUAGAAAAUGCAAUGUGAAGAGGAGUAACUUUGAUACAAUUAAAACACGAAAGAAACUGAUCUAAUUGGGUAAAGCCACAGAUAAAAACUAUGAGGGCCUCAAGCCAUAGGAUACCCUCUGGGUUAACACCAGUGUGUCUGCCUCACGUCUCGAGGGUCUGGAUUCAAUCCCUGGGCGGGCUGUUGGAAAAAUAUUUAUCCCAAGUUGAUCAAUUUCUGAUGUUCUUUGAGAAGUGGUAGCUCUCCCCAUGUCACAAUAUCUCUAAGGUUUACAUGAAAGGUGUUAAAAUUAGUGUUUCCCAACAAGAAAGUGGAAGAAUUUGCAACUCAACUCAUAAAACCGUGGUACUCAAGACAUGGUGGUCACAGUUGCAAUGGCUUCCUUUCCUCAUGCAUGUUGCAUCAUGUCUGCUCCUCAGCCCUGCUACAAGCAAGUCAAGUAGUAUCUGAGAGCAAAGCUGAAUGGCAGUGCAAUGGCUUCAGACAUGUUUAAGGAGUUUAAUGACCUUGGGCCACAAGGUACCAUUUGUCUUAAUGCUAGAGAGUCCACUCUGUGUCUGGAGAACCUGGAUUCAGUCUGAGUGAGUUGUUGAGAAAAAAAAAAUCCCUGGAGUAGAUCAAUUCCUCGCAUAUUUCGUGGUGGCAAUUACUACCUCCAACGACAGAGGUGGCAUAGUGUUGGGCAUCCUCUCCUGAGUUGUGUUUCUUGCUAGUGAUGUGCCAAGAAAACAGAUGGCUUGUGUUCCCAUGAAGGGGUUCUGGUCUCACUACCAUAGAAAAUGUGAAGGUAAAGUUGGGAGCAUACAAUAUAGCUGCACGUGACAACGGUGCUCAUCUCCAUUUCAUUAUCCUUUUGAACCUGUGGUGGAAGAGAACCCUUAACUUGCCACAGUGCCAGUGUAACAUCCGGCUUACCACAGUUUACCUUCCCCAGGUAUCCCCACGUACCCAUUUAUUGACCAUCCUGAAAGAAAGGAUGAACAGCUGGCAGGGCUGUGCAGUGAAUGCCCAGGCUGGGGUUCAUGCCCAGGCCCAAAGAUUUGUGGUCAAGGACACUAACCACUGUACCGCAGAGGCGAGUAAAUAAAAUGGAAACAAAGAAAUUUAUCUAAAUUGUAGAAGAGAAGUCAUGUAAUGGCCUGAGAUAUGGAUAAAGACUCUGAAGACCUUGAACCGUGAGGUGGCUUGACACCAGAGAGUCCACCUCAUGUCUCAAGGGCCCGGGUACAAUUUUAUUCUUGAUUUAGAUCUAAUCCUCAUGUGCUUUGAAAAGUGGCAACUACUUCCAUGGCAGUGGCUGCCUAGUGAUUGGCUGGGUAGCUUCAAGUAAGCGAAUGUGAUUCGCUGCUGAAUCUUAUGAUGUAAUGGCAAUGUCACUGAGGCCUCCACCACUCAGCUGUUUCUGCCACUACAAUAUCUCUGCAACUUCCAUUCUAAAGUAGGUGAUAAGGCCCUUUUAUAAGGUGAGUUUUAUAUUGCUCAUGUCGAUUUGAUAAUGAUUCUUAUUACUUCAUAUGUAUAUAGAGAGAUAGGAGGGCUUCAUAUGGGAUAAAUAAGUGAAAGUCCUGGGGUGGCUGCACCAAAAAAAACAAUGUACAUGUAUUUUAAUGUCACGCAAAUAACAUUUCCAUUAUUCAAAGCAUUUUUCAGGCACCAACUAGAUGUUAUUGAUGAAAUUCUAUUGUCUAAAUCAUAGGAAGAUGUUCAAGUGAAUAUUUCAUAAAAUAAUCCAAAUUAAGUCCUUGUACAUUCAGCAAACCUAAUAUGUUGCUUUUGGAUAUGUCAUUUUAAAAAUUUACUACUGCAAUGUAAGAAAUAUUAUUCAUUCAUUGGUAAGGUAGCCACUACUACAGCAAACAGCUUCAAUUUUCAAUGUUUGAAUUUUAGUCUAUUACUUUAUGAUCUAAAAACAUAUUUAUACUGUUUUAGUGGUUACUUGCACUUCUGUUAAAAAUGCCAAAGCAAUAUUUACUUAAAUUAUGCAAAACUUCUACUAUUUUAUAAUGCUAAGAAUUCAAUACUUUAGUGAUAGGAUUAUGAAUAUUGGUGUAAUCCAAAUUACUAUUACUUGAAUUAUCACAAAAAUGCACUCCCAUUUUAAGUUUUAGGCACUGGUGCCACAUAUUUCAAGAACAGAGACUUGCACAAUACCCUUCAUAUGUAUAUAUCAAAUUUGUUUUGUAUAUCCCUUUUCUUUACUGACUCCAAAAUGUUUAUCAUGUAGUGCAUUAUGCACCAUUUUCCAAUGUCAAGCUGAUACUUGACUUUUUCUAUAUGCAAACACAAACAACUCUGCUAAAAUAUGCACAAAUUAAAUACCAAACAAGACUUAGUAACAGGUUUAGUGAUUUGAUGUUAAUGCUUUACUACCUGUGUAUUGAACAAUAUUGACUAUAUACACCCACAGAUAUGCUCAUCUAUUUACUACACUAUCAUCAGACUUGUCUACUAAGAACUCAAUAAAUAUUUUUAAAACCUUUGGCUAUAUUGGAGUAAAGCAUCGAUGACACAGGUUACUUAGAAUACUAACAAUGGACGUGCAACUCUUAUCAAAUGAGAAUAAAAGAACCUGAUGCUAAUGUUUCUCAGGAUGCUUAAAAACUGGUAAAUUGUCAGAGCAUACAGAACAAACUGCCGAGUUGAUCCUAGAUUAAAAAUUCAAUUGUAAUUUGUUGCUUUCAAUUGCCAAUGUCGGACAAUGAUUUCUUCCAUUUUCCUCAAAUGAACUAAACUCCAAUGGAGUUUCAGGCUUUACUGUUGUAAAAGUAAGUUUUCCACUCCUAUGGAGUUGUAUAUAGUACUUUGUCUUCAUCAGAAUAAAACAAAUGUGCUAUAUUUAAUAUAGUCAUAAAAUUUUCAUA